AUGAACAAUAAUAUUUUUGAAACUGAUGAAAAUGAAGAUAAGAUAUUAAAUUUUCCAUCCAAAAUAGAUGAAGCAAUGAGUAUUCAUACAGAUUCAAAUAACUCUAAUUCAAUUAAUAGAAAUGAAAUAAAUUACUAUUUAAAAUUCUUUUUUCAAAAUACUAAACACCCAUAUAUAUGUUUCAUUCAUAUUUUAUUUAAAUUUUUGUCAGUAUUCUUUUAUUUUAUAGGGCCUUUAAUAUUUAGAAACGAAAAAUCAAAAGAAAAUGAUUUUAUUGUAACAUUUGCAAUAACCUUUUUUUUAGUUUCAUUAGAUUUUUAUUUAGUUAAAAAUAUAACCGGAAGGUUUCUAGUAAAAAUGAUAUGGUGGAUAGAUGUAAAUGAUGAUUACUCUAACAAAAUUGUUUUUCAUUCAUUAGAAGAAAACUUGCUAAAUAAAUUAGAUAAAAAUAUAUUUUGGUAUUCUUUGUAUGUAAAUUUUUUUAUAUGGUUAAUACAGACAAUUCAAAUGUUAAUAUCAUUACAAGUAUGCUGGUUUUUGUUAUGCUUUUUAUGCUUAUUUUUAUCUUUUUAUAACUUAUUUAAUUUUUGGAAAUGUUCAAAAGAGCAACAUAAAGUUGUUGGUAACGUUUUAAAUCAAAUAAAUUUAAAUUCCUUAUUUAAAAAAGUAUUUAACAAUUAA